AAAUAAUGGGCACGUUGUAUUUACUAUUACUGUAUUUACUUAGCAAAGGCGUUUCGAUUUUUAAACUACGAUUGUUCGUUGCUUUCAAUUCUUGCCACAUGAAAAAACAUUUCAGUUGGGACAAAGCCAUUAGGGAGUAGCUGUAGAUACAGCACGUUCUGCAGGAAAAGAAGAGUUUUCUCUAAAGCUUGAGGUCGCAUUUGCAGUUAUAGUGCUAUAUCGCUCUCCCUUAGCAGUUUACGGCAGAACAGAUUGCUUUGUUUACAACGUGGGUCCAGUCACUUAAUUAUUUUAUAGUGAGUUGGAAAGAGCGUUAAAGAGAGGACGAUUGUAUUUUUACUACAGGGAAGAAACAGCACUAAUAAAGUUACUUAUAUGUUUUCAGGAAUCAAAAUGACUAAUGAAGAACCUCUUCCUAAGAAGGUUCGCCUCAGUGAAACUGACUUCAAGAUGCUACCCAGAGAUGAACUGUUAGCAAGGUGGAAACAAUAUGAAUCUUAUGUUCAAGCACUAGAGACCAAGUACACGGAGCUCAGUUCUAAUGAUUUGACUGGUUUGAGAGAGUCUGAAGAGAAGCUGAAGCAGCAGCAACAGGAAUCUGCCAGGAGGGAAAACAUUCUUGUGAUGAGAUUGGCAACCAAGGAACAAGAGAUGCAGGAGUGUACUACGCAGAUUCAGUACCUCAAGCAAGUCAGGCAGCCUAGUCCUGCUCAGCUGAGAUCAACUAUGGUGGACCCAGCCAUCAACUUGUUUUUCCUAAAAAUGAAGAGUGAACUGGAACAGACUAAAGACAAACUGGAGCAAGCUCAAAAUGAACUGAGUGCCUGGAAGUUUACGCCUGAUAGCCAAACAGGCAAAAAGUUAAUGGCCAAAUGUCGAAUGCUCAUACAGGAAAAUCAGGAGCUGGGAAGACAGCUGUCUCAGGGACGCAUUGCACAGCUGGAAGCAGAGUUGGCUCUGCAGAAGAAAUACAGUGAAGAACUUAAGAGCAGUCAGGAUGAACUAAAUGACUUCAUCAUACAGCUUGAUGAGGAGGUAGAGGGAAUGCAGAGUACUAUCCUAGUUCUUCAACAGCAGCUAAAAGAUACUCGUCAGCAACUGUCUCAGUGUCAGCAGCAGCAGUCCCAAGCUUUAGCCUCUAGUACCAGUCGGACUCCACCCUUAGAAUCUUCAGUUUCAGCAGAUGUCAUGGGAAAAGACUGCAGUCGCCUGGUAAAUGGACCAACUAAUGGUAGUUCCUUCCAUCAGAGGACAUCCACUUUUUAUAGGGAGGGCAGCAACACUGAAGACUUAGCAUUGUCUCCUGAGAAUGGAAGUAAAUUGUCUAACCACUCUGAAGGAAGGACAAGCAGAGGAAGCAGUAGCUAUAUAAAUGCACUUAGCACUGGUUAUGAGAGUGUAGACUCUCCCACAGGUAGUGAGAAUUCUCUCACUCACAACUCAAAUGACACAGACUCCAACAAUGAUCCUUCAGAAGAAAAGCCAUUGAAUGGAAAGGGUAACAGAACUGUGGGUUCCCGCCAUGUUCAAAAUGGUUUGGACUCUACAACUUCUACACAAAGUUGAGUUUUCUAACAUUUCGCAACACUUGCGUUUAACACACAGUGACAUUUAAUCUGGUUGAAGAUACUGUCCAGACUUUUGAAAGUAGUGUAACUUUUUUGUUACAGUUUUGAAUUUUUAUGAGUUUUCCAAUUUGAUUUAUGUAAUACUUUUGAUGCUUCAAAAAUUUUAACGUGAUUACAUCGACCAUUACUAAAUGGACAGUUUGAUUUAUGUAUACAACGUUUUUUAUGAUUUAAUGUGAUGUUGCAAAAAUAUUUCCACAACUGAUAUUGAUGUCCGUAUUGUCUGUGUAUAGAAUUCUGUGCUGCAAGGGGUGUACUACCCUAAUUGCAUUGAUACUGCAUUGCAGAAAGUUCAUCUGUGAGCUGUAUAAUACAUAUUUACCUUGUACAGUAGUUUUGCAGCACAGUUUUUAUAUGUUCAGGGAGUCUGUAAUUCCAGUGACUACCGUUUAAUUGUGCACAUAGACUUUUCUUAUGCUAGAAGACAGCUGUGUUUAAGAAAUAUGUGCAUAGUUCGUUUCUAAAAGCUGUUGUAUCUUGUUAAGUACAUAUUUGCUUUGUGGCUCAAAAAAGAUUGUAUUGACCAAACAUAAAUAAAGACUUUUAAUACGCA